GAUGGACCCUUGCCAUACUUCACCUGCAAGACCUGCCGUAUAGCCAAGAUGGAACGAGGAACUGCCCAAAAGGCUGAAGUGCCUCCCUGCUGCCCGAGGUGAAGGGGCGAUGCCUGCGACGGACCUCUCUUGUGCUGAUGAGCCGAGGGGAUCGGGUUCUUUUUAGGCCUGGCCCUUCGUACAAUGAUGGGAGAGACCCAGCAUGUCUUUGCCACCGUUGAUACUGAGUUCAGCAUCCAAAACAAAGACAUCAGCUUUGAGCAUUUCAGCAAGAAAGACGUGAGUGACUUCGACAGCAAAUUACCAAAUGGGUCAGAUUCCAGCCUACAAAGCAGUGCUGAAAAUGGGCCCAGUUUUGCUACUGUCAAGGAAAAGGAACCUCACAGUCAAAGGGAAGCUGUGAUCCGCCCCCAGCAAGCCGGCAAAAUAGACUUCAAAUCUCUCCACAACAGGCCCAGGUUCCCCAGCGAUGGCGCCUGGGGUGCUGUCAAAGGAAGCCCCCAGUCUCCGACUGGAAAGAGCCGCACAAAGGAGAAGAACCGGCGAGCAGGGAAAGGGGAGCGGGGCCACCAGCAGCUUUACCGGCUCACCAUCAGCAGCGCCAGGCCCAACCCGACCAUUGGCAUCGCUUACCCUCAGCAGAAGGUCACCCCACCCAAGAAAGUCGACGUGGGCCGAGGAGGACACGUUUCGGGAAGCUACCGGUUCCACGUCCCCAGCAUCCCUGAGCGAGAGGUGGAACUCCAACAGGAAGAUCUCAACUUUGCCCGGGGUUUCUCAGAGGCCCCUUCAAGCCAUAUCUCCAGCAACUAUACCUCACCGACCACAGCUGCUGCACGCCCGAACCAUGGUGCGAAGAUUCAAACGGCCAUUGGCAUCCCUCACGAAAGCCAUGGCACCAACGGGCAGGUGCUUUACUCGGAGUUCCAGGGUAAUGGGAGCAACACAUGGCCUUCAACGGAGAAAAGCUUCCCAGGUGCUAAUAGUGGACUCUCGCCCCCCAAAACACGCCCCUUGCCAGAGAGCAGUAAACUGAGCACACACUGCCUGGGACCCUUGUCCUUUCAAUACCCCUUCCAGCCUUUGCACAGCUCAGCAACGGAUUCUUUCCAGGGCAAUCCUCAUGGUCAAGAUUACAUAGAUGUUUCGCUGGCCACCAGUCCGGCUUCUCAUGGUGCUUUCCCCUUCCAUUCUACUUCCAGGGACUGGAAAGAGGAGGUUCUAGGCAAUGGCUCCUGUGAUGGUGCAGCUCUGGAGACCAGGGCCUAUGGGUUGGCACCUCCUCAGUUUCUCCCAUCGCCACAGACUCAAGGGCAUUUGCCUUGCUAUAAGGGAAGGAAUGAACAUUCCACUGACCACAAUGGUGCUAUCUCUCCUUCUGGUGCUAUUGACCAAAGCCCAAGCACUUUUCAAGAAAACCCAGCUGUUUUCCCACCCAGUUUACAUAUCUCUAGCAUGCCAAAGCCAAUCGGUAAGAGGCAGUCCUCAUCAAAAGACAACGUAGCUAGUCAACAGAUACUGGAUCCAAGUAGCUCUCUGAGAAGGAACAUGCCACAGCUCUCUCUACCCCAAGUGCACUUUCAAAACAAGGCGUACGGCGAUUCCUCAGCUGGUGGCAUCGGAUCUGGCUCCAUGCCUUUCGAGAAGACCCUUCCCACUAAUCUUCAGGCCCACCCCCAGCUCCUGCAGCCAUGGGAGGGGGUCAAAAAGACCUAUCCCCCCAUGGAGCAAAGCUCAACCAUGUACCUGAGUUCCAGUGGUGGCCAGGUCUCAUUCAGUUGCCAUUUGGGACCUGAGCAGAGACAGCAACUCAAGAAGACACGGCAGCAUCUCCACCUCACCUCCACAAUUCCCGGCCAGAACAGAAUCGAACUCUCGAGGAAGUUGGCCAGCCAGAAGUUGCCUUUCCCACUUGGGACAACAUCGGACUGGGAUGGGAGUGGGAAGGAGCAGAAAAGCCCCACCGACUAUGCCACCAAAGCCCUGCAGAAUGGGGAGGGGGCUGUCAUACCAAGGCAUGGCCUUCUUCCGCAGCAUUGUAGCUCAGCCAACGCUUUCUGCUUCGAAGGGGCAAAUGACAAUGAGCCUCCUGCUAUCACCAAGUCCUUUUUCUUUGGUGUGAGCCAAGGAGUACCAUCGCCAGCCUCCUCUCGUGUCCCUUCCAUCCCGGCUUUGCUGUUACCACCUUCAGCCUUGGCUGCAUCCCCAAAUGAGUCCCCUCUCCCAUCGCCUGCCCCCAAUGCCACCACCAGCACCAGCACCUGUUCCUCUCUCUCACCCACUUCCAGCAGCCCAAGCAGUCAUAGUUUUGAAGAGGGCAUCACGUUGAACCCAUCUCCCUUCUUUCACCACCACCACCACCAGUGUGGUGCAAAAGACGGCAACAAACCCUUCCAUGCUUCAGAGCCUCUGAGCUCUGGCGCAAUCCACUAUCCAGCAGCAGACUCCCUCAAAGCCCUUCACUUCUCUGCAGAGGCCUCUAAAGACGAACUCCUUUACAAAAGCGUCCCUCCAGGUGGCCAUUUCCCCAAGCCGAGCUUGCAGGCUUCCAAAGGUUGCCUGGAUGGUUUUGAGGCUGAACUGCCUCCACCGCCUUAUUCCUCACAUCACCUCCUGGCCAGCUCUCUGAGCAGCGCAAGCCUUGACCAGCUGGAUGUCUUCCUGACCUGCAAACAGUGUGACCAAAACUUCAGCAACCUCUCCUCCUUCUUGGAGCACCGCCAGUUCUGUAGUUCUCAUGUGCUCCUACACCAGGGUCAAGCCAAAGACUCUUCCCGGGGGACAGAAACCAAGAAGCAACACCACACACCUCCAGAAUCCAUCAAGCACCCACAAGCCAGUCUUGGCCUGCUUCUUCCCUCCGAUCCUCAUGCACAACUAUUCGCCUUGAACAAGACAGAUGAUUUCCUGGAAGAUGAAGAGGGCAAAGAGGAUUCUAAGGACGAUCUUCUCAAAGCCAGCCAGCUCAGUGGGGUAGCCACCAAUACUUUGCCACUUAGUGCUUCUGACAUGGAUAUCUAUGAGGCCGAGCUGGACAGUUUGAUCACAGAAGCACUGAAUGGGCUGGGGUACCAGUCAGAUAACCCUGAGAUCGACAGCAGCUUCAUAGACGUCUUUGCUGAUGAAGAACUGGGCUCUCUGAAAGUCGCCAAUGGUGUGACACCUUGCAAAGCCAAAGAGUGUUUGUCUUUGGGGGAAAAAACAAAGCAAAUGGAUGAGAACAUGAAAACUUUAAGCUGCUAUGAGGAUCACCUUGGCGGAGACACAGCAAAAGCCAGAAUAUCAGAGAAGCAGAAAGAAAGAGGGGUGGGCUGGCUUCCAGACCAUGGAGAGGAAAGUCCUGAGUUGGCUCACAGUAAGUUGAUAGAUCCAGAAAAGUACGACGGGGAACAAUUUGAUGGAAAUACUCAGCUGAAAAUAGGAAGGAAUAACUGUAGCAAUCCCCUUUUGCCCAUGAAACAGGCAGCCAAUUCUGUGCCAGAUAUGAAGCAAUCCAAGAACGUUAACCAUGCCUCUUCCCCCAUGAGUGACCUUAGGGCUGCUGGUGCCUCCGUUGCAGCUGGGAAUGCCACCAUCUCCAUGAAAGACACAAAGAAGCAUAAGUUGCGGAGCAGCACUUGGAGCAAAGAGCUCAUACACAAGAUUGUUGAGCAGAAGAACAAGCUUCACAAACUGCAACCAAAGAGUAGCAAAGUGGCACCUCUCCCCUCGCUCACUGACCGUCUGCUUCAGGAAACUAAGGACAAUCAGUUUGGUGAGUACGAAUACAUCUCAGAAUCGGACGAUGAAAGGGUGGAGUAUGCCAAGCGGCAUUGCAGGAGGAAGCUGGGUUCAAGAUUCAAUGGAAGACUGAGAAGCAGCUUCAGCAGAAAGCGCCAAGGAAGAGGUGGAAGGGAGAAAGAGAAGGAAGCAGGGUGGAGAUACGGACUCAAGAGAGAGAGAAGGGAGGAGGCCAAAAGGACUACAAGCAAGGAACCGGGAAGGAGAGACGACUGCCGAGGCAGAGUCAGGAGGAGGAGCAGUCGGUCUUCCACAAGCAGCUGCCAAACCACAAGCUUGUCCAGUGAAACUAGCAACAGUCCCCAAAGCACAGAGAAGGCCGAUUCUGACACCGAGAAGGAAGUGGAACAGAAGAAGAGGCUCCUCCAGAAGUCCAAGCCGGUUGGACCCCUCCCGAGAGACCUGUUGACCGUUCCUGAGAAAGAGACGGUAGGAAGACACCACCAGCUGCCCUCUGACUUGUCCCGAGACUCAGGGAGCAUUGAGUCAGCCAAACUUCAGCUGGAAGACUUCAAGGCUUACCAAAGGGACAUUCCAACCAUCCCUCCAGUCACUCACAUGAAUAAAAAGGAAGGUUUGCUCCAAAACCAAGGGAAGCUGCAUUCCAGCAAAGCUGGCCUUGACCAGAGCUCCACUGUCCUUUUUGGCCCUGAAGAUUCAGAAGAGCACAUCAAGAGCACCAGCCAUGACAAUGAUGAGCUGAGGGCUCUGCUGAAAGACGGAGAACAGGUUGCACCAGGAGGGAAUCUACAUUGUCAUCAGUUUGCUGCCUAUAAAAAAGAGACAUUGAAAUACCACACAGAAGAAUUCCUUGGCCCGUCCUCCAUUGGUAUGCACAGCAUUCCCAAUGAUGAGAGUGCCAGCUAUGAACAAGUAGAUGUGAAGUGCUUCAAGAAACAGAAGGAGUUUGUUGCUCCGAUCGGUUGUUUCAAUGACAAUUCCCGUGGUGUGGGCACACCUGGGAAAGAAGGACUUAAGAUACUUGUUGACGCUGCUGAAACCUUUUAUGACUGCAAAGAAUUAUCUGAUAGCUAUGAGUCUUCUGGCCUCUUCUCAAGGCCUCCUGCCACUGAACCAUCCCAGAAUGGCGGCAUCUACUUCUGCCAGGAAGAGGUUGAUGUCAGCUCCUUCAAACAGAAACACCAUGAGAUCCUGCCUUAUGAAUCUGAUCAUGACCAAGGAAAGAUGUCUUCCCCUCUUGGGUUUGAUUCUUCUUCCGUAUUUGUAGAACUCCCUGUUGCUGAGUUUGAUUCCACCUUAUAUGACAGCGUGACUUCAAGCAAGGACAGCUAUGUUCCCUUUGAGUGUGCCAGCCACCAUCUUGGCAAAAUGACCCCCUUUGAUCAGCAGUAUUCCUCGUUCCUGCAAGAGAAAGAAUGGAAUCUGAUGGAGGAAGUAUCCCCAGUUUUGCCAGAAGAAAUGCCCCAGUUCCAUGGCCUCUCUGUGGAAAAGCCACUACCAAAGAGGUACCCUGGUAAACUCAACCAAAUGCCUUUGCCUGAAAGGACGGCUGACUGCAGUGUGCCUUUCAUGAGCGGUAUAUCGGAUGAUGAGCUCGAGAUCAAAAGGUUGGUCAAUGAGCUCGAAAGUCAACUGCAAACAAGCAAACUUAUUCUGGAGGAGGCAUCGGGGGAACUCUCCCAAACCCCCAAACCCCGGCACAGUGCAGAAACCAGUGAACCCUGUCAACAGUUUUUGCCCCUAACUCUGGACCAGGGAAGUGAUGAGAAGGGAUUGUUCCUGAUGGAGGAAGAAUUCGAGAAUGCAAGCCUUCUUUCUGCAAAAACCUGCAGCUGUGAAAAUUUGAGGAGUGAGAAAACAUUGCUUCCCUCCUUAGAUGGCAAAUACGGGGGUCACAGGGAUCCUUGGCCAUGCUCAGUGCCCUGCAACCCCUUGGACUCUGCUGUGCAUGCGCCACCCACUUCUGAGCUCAUUUUGGUAGGGCCUCUCAACUCCAAAGGAGACCAAGACCAAAUGCAUGAAAAACUGAAGGUGGAUGAAAGCUGUGGGGAAGAUGGCUUUAGGAGUAUGAGAGAUGUCUCUAGCCAAAUCGUGCCAGAUCCAUGCCUCCCGGACAUCAGCAUGGCUGUUCCAAGCUACACAAGUUCUUUGAUACAAAACCCUGACAUGCUCUUCCCUAAACCUCUGGAAGAGCCUCAGUUAAGUUUACCGGGGACUUUGCCACCAAGAGAGGAUGCUUUCCUGGACCUGCUGCCAAAGGAGAAAACAUUCAAUGGCACUGCUGAGUUGGAAACAUAUCGUCGCCAGGUUUCGUGUUUGAAAUUAGAAUCUCAGUUAGAAGAUAUCAGUGCUCAGGAACCAGAAGGCGACUUCCCUUCCAUAGUCCAAAGCAUCAAUGAGCCAGAGGAGAGGCGACUUUCCUUUUCCCAAACCAGCUCACCUGAAAUGCAGGAAAGGCCAACACCCUUCCAAAGUAUUCCCAAAGAUUCUGCACUUCCAAAAAAGCCACAGCAGAAUGAAAACCAAACUGUGAAGAUGCCAACCACAGAUGCUGGCGAAACGUCAGGAAUAAACUCUUCUAGAACAUGGCCACAUAGCCCGAAAAACCCACAAAAAGCUAUGGAUGCCAGCCAUGAAAGCCUUCGACUUCACAUCGAAAACCAAACUGUUUGCCAGUCUCUGGCUGUACACAGCAAGGCAAAUGAUGGGGAACCCUCACAUUUUGAAGCGUUGGCCUGUCCCAAAGAUAUAAACAGGGAGGCAGAAUAUGAGCCAUCCCCACAAGAAAAGGCAGAUAAUCCACUGCAGCAGCUGCAGCUGUUUGUGGCCAGAACGGUCAAAAACAAUGAGGAAGACUUGCUCACACCCUGCUUCCCAGUCCUGCCAACUACCACCCACCUGCCCUCAAGCACCAAUAUUCAACCUAGAGAGAAAGAGGAAUUGCAAGGCAGCAUGCAAACUGAGGAGGUGCCCCAUAGCCCCACGCUGGAGAAAAGGACGGGGCCGCUGGUGGAAAGACCAGAGAGUAUCCCCAAGGCGUCUGAUCCACCUAAACUAGUUUUGGAGUCAGGCAAGCAGGUGGAGCAUUUGGGCAAACAUCCAGCUGCACUACAGAGCCAUGAACGACGCUGCAACGUUGCAGAGGGAGAGCAGCAGCACUUGAAAAACGAACAUUCAGAGGAGGAUGACAUUAAUAUGUGGGCAGAUGGCAUUUCCUUGGAGCACAAUAACCUCUCGCCAGGCAGCAACCAAGUGGUAACCUCAUUGCUAAGGAAAGAAAGAGCACAAGGGGGUCAAGUUUCAGGCAAGGUGGAGGAAGAUCGGGACAAGGCGACCUUGGCAUUUAGGAACCAUCAAAUAUCCCCUUUAAGCCCUGGAUCAUUUGAGAAGGAGACAUCCGGCUGUGCUUUGACUGCCAUGCUCGCAGGACGCCAGCCUUCUUGGGAUGAAGCCUGCACUGAGGAUCAAGGGCCAAGCACUGGAGAAGUCCUCCAGGAGGAAAGGAUUGGAGAGCAACCAGCAGAUCGGCUGCAACACAACCUGGUUCCUGCUAGUCCUCUUGAAAAUCCAUUGGAGGACCGUUGUCUCCCACGUGGAAGUGAAUUCUAUUCAGGAAGUGGCCCAGUUUUAGCAGAAGGCCAUGGCUUGGGGGAGAAGCAAGCCAGUACCUGUGAAAGUGUAUGCCUGGACAGUUUCUCCCCAGCCGCUGGUCUUGUUGGUCAGAAGGACUUGCAGAGAAAUAACACAAGAAACAUGACAUGCACUGACUUCGGAGUGACACCGUCUGAAGAAAAAACUCACAGUCCAACUGCUGCAAAGGGGCAGCGCAUUCAACUCCCUGCACACAGGUCCUCCUCUAGUGCUGAGAAAUCCAUGCAGAGUCCUUUGGAGCACAAGGAACAGAAAGAAGUGCUGCCUUUCACUGUCAAGCAUUAUGGGACCACUUCACCUCAGGGUUUGCAGUGGUGCCAUGCAAAAGAUACAGAACCUCAGAAGAGUACCUUCAUGCAUUCAGCAUCCUCUCUGAGCUCCACUGAUCUUACAGAAACCAAAAGGCCCCAGGAACUACAAGCGAACAACUCCAAACCACCCAGCAUGCUGACUUUUAAAAAUGCAGAUCUUCCUAGUUCAGAAGAGGUACCAAAGCUUCCUGACCAAGAAACCAGCAACACAUGCGCUAUGAGGGACACCAUCACCGAUUCUCAGUCAGCUUCUCCACAAGACAUCUUACUGGGCCAAUCUCCAUCCAAGGUUGGUUCUGCUCUACCUACAGACUCAAGGACUAAAACAAAUGUAGAAUUCAUAUUGAAACCCCAAUGCGGGGAGGAGGAUAAAGCCUAUUCCCAGGAAGGGAAAGCAGAUCAAACUCAGCUAGGAGUCAAAGAUGUUAAUAUUGAAGAGAUGUCAGUUGCCAGAGUUACUGAAACAGCCAUCAUUGUUCAUCUUAUAGCUGGCCAAAUUCCAGAGACAGCAGAUAAUGGUUCCCAGAAUGCUUUACAAGACAUAGACCACAGAGGCAAUGAUUUGGAAGAUGAAGGUUACAAACAGGCUGAGAACGCAGAAGGGUCUUCUCACUUUGUGGAGCAAGAAAAGAGUAAGGGAAGAGAUCUAAGAGAGACCUCCAAGACCGGGGCAUUGAAAACAAAGAAGAGAAAAGGAUCACAGGCCAUCUGCGACAUUUGUUCAGUUUCUUUUAGGUCCCAAACUGGCUUGAUGAGACACAAAGCUAUGAAGCACCUGAACAAAAAAGACAAUGCAUUGUUGCCAGGUCUUGUUCCUUUGGAAAAAGAAUUAAAAACAAGCAGGCAACUCUGUAAGAAAAACAGAAAGUCACUCAUCAGAGAGAAAGCAUUUGCUUCACACAUUUCAAAAGCAGCUGCCGGCCAACCUUUGCCAAAGUCCAACAGAAGUCAAAGGCGGGAACCCAGUAGAGAGACCCAAGAUGUUGUCAGCAAGGUGUUCGAUAACCUAGAUAUUCCUUCACUGGACUCAGCCUUUGAGCUCCAAAACACAGAUAACCAUGCCAAAGAUGUUCCAAAAACACCCUCACAGGAAGAGAGAGAAGGCAAACUUGCACCCGAGGACAGAAAAGAAGCAAAUACAGGAGAAAAAGAAAGAGAAGCCGGCAUGAAUGAGUUGGACGGUUUUUCUGGGAAGAAACUAAAGGGGAAAGCAAGGAAAGGGAAAGCAAAAGUAGCUCCAAGCCAAAACAAAUUGACUAGAUACUCCCAGCUACACACAGAAACUCCGACACUUUGCUCUGAUGUGGUUCUCAGGCCUGUGGACCUUAGUCUGACCACCACCACCAAAUACCUAGAGGUCAGUUCGACUUCCACAGAAGAGCAGGUCAGCCAGCAAUCCACUUCACCUUCUCCUCCAAGAGCCAAGGAAUCUGCAGCCAUUGAUGAAAGAAUAUCUUCAGCCAAAGAAACAGAUGGGCAGAAGCCUCUUCAUGAUGUAGUGAGCACUAAAGAACAGGCAGAAGAUGCAGAGCAGGACACAGAGGAGAGUUGUCCAUCUGCAUCCACCAAAGAUACAGAGAAAGCAGCAAGCAACGUUGGAGAAAAUCAAGAUGAUGGCCUACAUGUCAAAGAACCUGAGACAACAGAGAAUACCUUGGAAGAGAUGAAGUGCAGAAAUAAAAAUAGCUCAUUGGGAUGCCCACCAAAGUUACCUCAACAGUCCUGUCAUGUUGGUAUGACUGAGAAGGAUGCCACCAAAGUCAUCUCAGAAGAAGCACUAGAUGUUGGUGACCCUUGUUUUGUGGAUUCCCAAUCUGGGAGAACGGAAGAGUUUCCACCAAAGGAUGAGUCUCAGGACAGCGGUGGAGUUGGGCCAGACCUGUUUGACGACGACUCCACGUUUUCUCAGCUUUUCCCCAGAAAUGACCGGUUUGCCCGUCGGAAGUGCACACGGGUGUAUGGAAAGAGGACAAAGAAACCCAGACCUAUUGCAGAGGUGAGCAUCAGGCCAGAAGGUAUCCCAGACAUGACUUCUAUCCGGAUGGCUUCAGACCUUGGCGAAACCAGCUCUUUCUCUGUCACCAGGGAGGAUCCAUGUGAGUAUGACACCAUCUCCAUUGAUGAUGCUUUGAUGCUCAACAUGUGUUACGACAGCAAAGCAGUGCCAGGUGAUGUCCCUUCCAGACCCACCACCCAAAGAAUGUCUCUGCAGCCAGAUGUCAGACUAAAGGAAGACUUCACAGAUUCGAAGAAUGGUGGAACACUAAGCACUCUGUGUCAGAAGAGUCCAACAGGUCCUCCUCCAAGCUUGGGUAGCUGGGGUAGUCUGGAGAAGAAGGGAGACAACCGUCCUGCUGAUGAAGCAUUGCUGGACCCAUCCACGGAGCUCCUCAAUGGGCACUUGACAGUUGGAGCAAGUCCAGAACCUCCUGAUCUUGAGGAGGAAUCCUAUGAUACCAGAGCAAAUGAAAAUCCAUGCUCACCUGCAUUUCAUACAAUUGAUAUGGAGAUGUUGAACACUAAGUUUGAGAUGAGGGAUGUGUGCUUUUACCGUGUCGGGGAAGAUCAUCUUGGUUGCACCGAUAAUGAAUGCACCUUAGGGUUCAAGUCGGCAUCCGUCCUCCAAGGCAGACCCACCAAAAAUAAGCUAGAAGAAGGCAAGCAAGGGAAAAGCCGGAGUGACUUGAACUUCAAGACUAAAGACAAGCAGUACAAGUGCAAAGUCUGCUUCCAGUGGUUCCUGACCUUAGGAGAGCUGGACUUUCACAAACUCACCCACAACCCAUCCCCUCCACCAACAUGCUACAUGUGUGUCCAGAGGAAAUUCAGCUCCAGAGAGCAAUUGAGGGACCACUUGAAAGAGAAGCAUGCCAAGAACAAAGCUGGUCUGUGGGCUUGUGGGAUGUGCCUGAAGGAAAUCUCUGACGUCUGGAUGUACAACGAACAUCUGCGAGAGCACGCCACCCAGUUUGCUCGGAAAGGCCAAGCUCAGAAGUCAGUUUUAGGAUUGCCUGGCUGCUUUGGUGAAGAAGAUGCUGCUGUCACCCAGUUCCUGAACUCCAUCAUGUGCCGGAAGCCCAGUAAGGUCUCCAAGCACACUGAAGGCCAAGGCAGGGCCCCUGCUUGCAAAGAGAGCAAAGGCCCCAAGGAAACCCCAGGGCAAGAAAUGGUGGCCAACAGGGACUCACUGGAGAUCCCAUGCAAAAUCAAGCCACCCGAAUCCUCCCCCAAAGCACCUGCCGUCCCAUCGCCCGACCCUACCCCCAAAGUUGAAGGGGCUCCAAAGUUGGUGUCCAUGCACCCUGAAUGUAAAGACCCCUCUCGGGACUGCCACCACUGCGGGAAGCAGUUCCCCAAGCCCUUCAAGCUUCAACGCCAUCUGGUAGUCCACAGCUUACAGAAGAUCUACCUGUGCCACAGGUGCCCAAUGUUCUACCAGGAGACCAAAGAGCUCCGGAGCCACCUCAGCCAGGAGCACGGGACGGUGGAGGAGGCGGACAUCAAGCACACCACGCUCUAUGCCUGCGAGCUCUGCGCAGACGUCAUGCACGUCAUCAAGAAAUCCUUCAUCUGCAGCACCUGCAACUACACCUUCUCCAAAAAGGAGCAGUAUGACCGGCACAUGGAGAAACACCUGGUGGGAAGCAGCAAGACUUUCCGAUUCAGAGGAGUGAUGCGGCCAGGGGUCUCAGCUAAGGAAGAGGAGAAGAAAGUGAAAGAGGAGGUGCCCCCCAAGGAAGACACACCCGUGGCCAAGAAGAAGAAGGUUGGCCAACACAACAGCUUGCAUCAGCCCAGCUCACCAGGGCACUUGCCUUGUACACAAGCCCCUCAACUAGAGGGUGAGCCCCUGCUACCUGUUGGACCUCUUAGUUGGCAUCUCUCCUCAAAGACACUUCCACCUGAGACCUCUGUGAAAACAGAAGGCCUCGUGGGUGAAUUUUCCAACCGGUUGGAUGAAACGGAAAAGUCUCCAUUUGACAGCCUGCUUCCAACCACUUCUCUUAUGCCCCAGGAUGAAACAAGCAUCCCAGAAGAACUUGGGCAUGUCUCCUCACUUUCUGCAGGACAGCAGUCAAAAGGAGAGGCCAUCACAGAGAGUCUGUCUCCUUCCUUUGACUCUUCUGAGGCAGUUAGCCUUGAUCUCACCUACUUAGCACUGAAGAAAACAACAGCAGUGCAAAAGAUGUCCCCGUCCCAUCUCCCUGAGAAGUGCAGCAAGGAACUGGACCCAACAGAAAAAGCCACCUUUGCUGGUAAAGCAGAAAGUGCCAUGGGGACUUGGGAGAGUUUGCAUGCAGGAGACCCCGCUGUGAGCAAAAAGUCAGUGGGAUUUUCUCCUGCAAGUCCCAGGUCUACAGAGUUCAAGAGAGACCCUAAAACAAAGUGUGGUAUCAGCUUUAAUCCCACUGAAACGCAGCCUCAGGAAAGUGUUGCCAAGCUGCAUUUACCUGAAGCUACCUUCCAUGUGUUACCUCUGAAGGACAAGCCAUCGUCACCUACCCAAAACCUGCUGGCCAAAGAGAUUCCUUCUAAGAAAGUCACCAGUGGCCAGGCCCUUCCUGAGAAUCCAGCUGGCAUCCAUUGUGCCCCAAGUGCGACAGAGGAGGUUCAAAAGCCCCCUUCCUCCAAAGACAAGGCCCUGGCAGAUACGGCCACUCCUUCCUUGAAAGACAAGUGCCCUAAAGAGAUAGGAAACAAGCCUGUUGGCAGCCAUCUCCGAAGUGAGGGGGCAGGCUCACAGGCCAACCCCAGCCACUCGGAUCUGAGCAAAUGCCAAGAAAGACUGUCCACUACUGGGCUGGCCAAGCUUCACCCCAAGAAACGGAAAGAGCACAAGGCCACGCACAAGGGAAGCUCGGCCUCCCGUGAGAACAUUGAAGGAGACGGGGGUAAGAAGAAGAAAGCGCGGACCCAGGACCCAGCAAGGAGAGACGGCGGUGGCAGCGGCAGUGGAGGGAGGCUCAAAAGGGCCGACUGGUUGAACAGCGAGAGUCUGGCCUUGUCGUCACGACGGGGGGAAACCCACUGCAACAAACUGUCCCCCAAGCUAAAGGUGUCCGUGGCUGGUGGGCAACUCAAAAAGAUGGUGCUGGACCAAUGCUUUCAGAAGAAGGCAGAGAUCCGCCAUGCCAAUGGGGACUUGAAGCGCAAGAAGGACAUCCUGGGCAGCAAAGCCUUCCCCCAGCUCUUCGCCAAAGAGCCCUCCGGCUCCCUGCCCAACUCUUUCCAGCGGCACAGAGCUGUCCAAGGUGCUAAGCUGCCCGACUCUCACAAUUACAGGACGGCUGAAUCCCAGAACAAUCUCCUAAGCCAACUGUUUGGGCAGAAAUUAACUAGCUUUAAAAUUCCUUUAAGAAGAGAUACUUCUGAGUAAUUUAUGAAAGUGACUUAUGGUGAUCCUCCGCUGCUUUCAUGGGGUUUGCAAGGAAGGGGGGUGGGAGAAAUUAUCAAAGCAUUAAAUUCGUUUGUGUAGCGUGAUUUCUCUGUCUAGCUUAAAUGAACUUGCACUGCAGCCUCUGAAAUAGUUUUGCUUUGUGUCUUACUAAUCUACUUUAAUUCACCUGAUUUAUCAUGCAAAUGCUAGAACUUUGAUGUUGCUGAUGAUUUCCAUGAACUAAAACUGUAAUCGCUUUGGGCAGAGCGAAGCGUCAAGAGGAAAUGCUUUAUUGGAGAAGUGCUGAGGUUAGAAGGAUACUUGCAAAUCCCAGUCCCUUUUCAAACUGUGUCUCUGUUAUCUUUGUACAAAGUACUUGAAGAGAUGAACUUCAUUCCAGAGACGUCUUAUUCAUAAGGUGCAGUACACUGUAGAAAGCUUCCCCCCCUUUCCUGGAGAUUUGCACAAAUAAUCCACAACGAUUUCAUUUAAUUGGGAGCCAG